GGUGGAUUCGUCCUCGGCCAGAGAGGCGGUUUGUUUUGAAGUUUUCUGUUGCUAGCGCGUCAGCUAAACCAAACAAAUCCCGUUCCUUGGUAGAUGUAUUAGGUUUGAAUCUCCCGUCAGGAAAUAUGGAUGAUCCUGCGAAAUUUCUUUUGCGGAGACUGGUGCGGCGGAUUCCGGCUCAGAUGCUGAAAGCCACGCUGGAGAAGUGGGGGCGUCUGAACGCAGAGCAGCGAGAAUCCUUGAACUUUUCUCAGUCCAAAUGGGCCUUAACACAAGAACUAGAAGCCCUUUGUGAGGAAAGCAGACUGACUGUAAAACACAUCGCAGAACUCGAGAUGAUAUAUAUCACUGAGAAUCCAAACCAGAUGAUGUGGCACGCCUUCCAGCUUCUGGACCCUGAGGAUGGCGCUCUCGCUGUGGAGCUUAUGCAGUUCAAGGAGCUCUUCAAAUGCCAUCUCCGGGAGCUUGUAAGAAAUGUGUCAGUCAAAAUUAAGAAGCACACAGACGAAGCCGUUUGGAUCCGAAUGUCCUGGGGAGAGGGCUUUUCUCGACUCAGCCACCUUAAUGCAACCUACGUUGUUCAUUAUCUUCAGACUCCUUAUGUUUUUGUUAGUGGCCUGUCUCCGAAGAAUAAGCCUUUGCUCCUGCAGGUCUUAACUUUGUCUACAAAACAUGAAAGAAUUAAGGAUGCUAACCUUAGUGGACGGAAGCUGACUGCCAUCAGGGACCUGUUGUUGAGGCAAUAUGAACAUGUUUUUCCAACAAAGUAUCCCAGCCCUCUUACAGAGAGGAAUCAAAGCGUCUCAAACCUGCACACUGAAAAAGAGCAAGCUGAGGCAUCAGCAAAAAGGCAUCAAAUGGCAGGACAAGCCUUCGGCAAUGGGGUGUUACCUGCACUACAGUCUGCAGUCUAUAAGCUGGAAACAAAAUUCAAAGACCCCACUAAUCAAACCAUGACAGAACAGGAUGAGCCAUUCAGAUGUGUUGUUAAAUUUUCGAGCACAAACCUCCUGGAGUCACUCAGACACUGUGCAUCCUCAGGAAUUGCCUCGACCCCGGUCGCACCCUUGCUGUCAUCUAUUCCCCUAAAAGGAAGGAAUUAUUUUGUCAUCACAGACAAAUCUCCAAGUGCCAACUCAUGAAUGUGCAAGAUGCAGGACUGAUUUCUAACCUGUCUUGAAUGAAUCAAAACAUCUCCCCUACCCUUGGUUUUUAUUAAGUUCAGUCUAGCAAUGAUUCUCAGAUAGCUUUUUAUCCAUAGAGAAAGUUUAGGGGAAACCUGACCAUUUGCUAUAUUGCUCUCUUCAAAGAUAUUAGUUUGUUUUCUUAUUUCAUGCAGGUUAUAUCAUGGGAAUCUAGAUUUUUAAAUUUAGUCACUGUCAUUUUUACUUUAUGUCUCCAGAUGUGUUAUUAUUCCACCAACAUGCAUUUCAAUUUGGAUUAGUUUAAUAAACCAGUAUGUUGGCAUGUCUAGGGGUCAGACGCACUUUUGGAGAUGAACUCCUCCCAAACAUGGUUACAUCUGCUUUAUUUUGUAAGCAUUUUAAUAUUGUGUGUCUUUGAGGUUACACAAUUUAAGAAUGGAUUGUACAUUUUGUAAUUAAUUUUUCAUUUAAGUGUAUAUUUUAAUAUCCGAGUGAAUUAAGCUGAUCCAUCAGUGUUUUUUUUUUUUCUUUUUCUUUUUUCUUUUUAUGUAAUAAACAUUUUAAAUGUCACUUCAGAUUUGCACAUUGCUGGUCAGGUCAAAUAAAAGGCAAAACAAAACUGA